GUCGAGUUCAUGUGACCAGUGAGUGAAAUUAUCAAUAAAAUUGUGACGUUUAUGCGGAAUAAUAAAGUGGACGGCAUUGCCAUUUGCUAGACGUUUUUACGGUUGUCGGUCCGGUGGGCUGUUGAUUAAGUAAUAAAGCGGGUAUAGUGAUGUCCGCGUGUGUGGUUGAAGAGGGUUGUGAUGAAGGUGGUGGGUACGAUGUAUCCGAGACGGGAUUGUGUGAAGUGACGGAAAGGCCGCGCCGGGAAGUUUUGCUAAGUGCACGCGGACGCCGCGCCUGCUCCGAACAGGGACCGCCAAGUUAUCUGCAACACGGCUCCCCGCACCUGUGGGGUGCGAACAGUAACCGUCGCGGGUGGAGUCGUAAGCGCACCUCAGCACCGCAGAUGAGCAACCCGCAAGGUUCCAUGCCUCGAGUGGCCCUCGUGCUACGGUCGAGACGCAGCUGGCCUGUUGCUCCACAGUCUUAUCGCAGGUAUUAA